AUGCUUCGAAAGGAUAAUGAAGCCUUAGGAAACACCUUGGUUACCUUCACCAACAAAAAUAACAACAGCUUACAGAUAAAUUCUUGGCUUGACAUGAGAAGUUUGUGGCAUGGGAGUAAAAUUGACAUGAGUUUAGCACUGAAGAGAAAGUGGGAGAGGAAGCUUGCACUCUGGAUGUGGUUGUUUUUAGCUAGUAAUGAAGUAGUGGGUGUGCUGGGUAGUUUCCGGCAGCUCGAUGAAAACUCUGUCAAACUUUGGAAAAGUUUACCCAAAAGGAAAAUGGGGAGAAAUGGAAGGAUGAGGCUCGAAAUUGUAGAUGAUGAAGUAGUGGGUGUGCUGGGUAGUUUACGGCAGCUCAACGAAAACGCUGUCAAACUUUGGAAAAGUUUACCGAAAGGGAAAAUGGGGAGAGAUGGAAGGAUGAGGCUUGAAAUUGCAGAGUUUCAGGGAUGA